UGUUUCUCCAGCUAGAAAUCAACCCAAGGAGUUGUCCUCCACCGUUCUAGAACACCAUCACAAGAAGAAGCCUCCUUAAAAGACCCCAAACCGCUUCAGGCUUCACGCAUCAAGCUUCUUCUAAAAGCCCACCCAAGGCAGCAUUUACUCUUCACAGCCAACAAAGAAGCUUACAUAAUAUACCAAUUCCUUACAUCUCUUUUUCUACCUGAAAGAAAGAAAAGAAGCCAGCAGAGAGAAGAUGGAUUGGAGAGUCCUGGGUUUUGAUCCAUCCGUCAUUGACACCCUCCAUGAGCUCCUGGACUUCCCUGACGAUGCCGACAAAUCCCAGCCACAUCCCUCUCGCGCCUACAUCCGGGACGCGAAAGCAAUGGCGGCGACUCCAGCAGACGUGAAAGACUGCCCCAACGCAUACGUGGUUGUGAUUGACAUGCCAGGGCUCAAACAAGACCUGAAGGUCCAAGUUGAAGAGGGCAACUUCCUGGUGGUGAGUGGAGAGAGGAAGAGGGAGAAGGAGAAGGAUCAGGGGAAGUACAUAAAGAUGGAGAGGAGGCUGGGCAAGUAUAUGAAGAAGUUUCAGCUCCCAGAAAAUGCUGAUACUGAAAAGAUAUCAGCUUCGUAUCAAGACGGGGUCUUGACGGUAACUGUGGAGAAGAAGCCACCACCAGAGCCCAAGAAACCCAGGACCGUUGAAGUGCAAGUGAGUUGA